AAAAAAUGAUUGAAGACGAUGAAUCUGAGGGCUUCUUUCAAAUCAAGCUGCAGAAAAAGAUAAAGAAGCAUAGAAGCAUACCUUUGAGGAUUUAAAAACAUUAUGAAUCCUUAAGUUUGAUGCAGACCAAGGCAACUGAUUAAGAAUAAUCAAUUCUCUCUUUAAUCCAAAAGCGAGGUGAAUGUAAUAUUUACUAGUAUUAUUCAUAGUCUAUUCAAAAAAUAAGUAAAUUGUAUAAUGGAAGGAAAAUAUUUCUGAAUCUCAUUCAGCAAAUUUUGUAAAUCUGAUCAAAAGUGAAUCCGAAACUUUUGAAGAUAGUCAAUAUAAUUUCCAAUAACCUAUUGAUGUCUUUCCUAUGGGAAACUAUUCAAACUGAAUUCAUUACAAUGACA